AGAAAUGCAGGAACCUUCAGCUGUAACUACUCAAAAUAUCACAGUUGUACCUCAGACUAUACCUUUAUAUCAGGAUACAUCCCAUCAUAUAAUUGGACAAUGUGCAGAUGUACCUGAAGAGCAAAUAACAUCUAGCCAAGGUGUGGUGAAUAGAGUUCCAACUGCUCAACCUGUAUUGGAUCCUCAGGCUCAGGCACAGUUUGAAGCUGAUAAAAGAGCGGUGUAUAAGCAUCCUCUUUUCCCUUUGCUUGCUCUAUUAUUUGAAAAAUGUGAAUUAGCUACUCAAAGUGCUGAGGUUCCUUCUUCAGAGAGUUUUAAUAUGGAUAUUCAAGCAUUUGUACAGCAUCAGGAAAGAGAUAGAAAGCCCUUUUUCAGUGAGGAUCCAGAAGUCGAUGGCUUAAUGGUUAAAGCUAUUCAGGUUUUACGGAUUCACCUUCUAGAACUUGAAAAGGUUCAAGAAUUAUGCAAAGACUUCUGUAGUCGAUACAUUGCAUGUCUAAAGAACAAAAUGCAGAGUGAAAAUUUAUUACGUCCAGAUUAUCCUGGUCUAAAUAGUGCCAUUUCUAAUUCAAAUUCAAAUGGUGGAGCAAGCAGUAGUCAGCCUCAACAAGUACAGGUUGUCACAAGUAAUGGUUCAAUGAGUAAUCUGGUCAUUCAAUCUGGAGUUACCCAAAGUGCUCUUUCUAUGGCAACAUUAAGUCCUAGCCAAAUAGUCUCAGGUGGUACUGUGUAUCAAAUGGUUCAUACUCCUCAAGGAAUUGUAGCACAACCAAUUCAGCAAUCAAAUUCUGCAGCUCAUGUUAUUCAUGGAAGUACUCCUUUAUCACAGAUUGGAGCCAGUCCAUCGCUUACUCAAGAAUCAAGGGUGCAACCUAUAGCACCCAGAACGCCUGUAAUUCAAAGUGGUGAUGAAGAUGAAGAACUGCUGAGCAAAAAGAAACAAAAACGGGGUGUUCUUCCAAAACAUGCGACUAGUGUUAUGCGUUCAUGGCUCUUCCAACAUAUUGUGCAUCCUUAUCCUACAGAAGACGAAAAACGCCAGAUAGCCGCACAAACUAACUUAACAUUACUACAAGUGAAUAACUGGUUUAUCAAUGCUAGAAGAAGAAUAUUACAGCCCAUGCUGGAUGCUAGCAAUCCAGAAACAAGUCACAAAACAAAGAAAAAUAAAUCUCAGUCGACACGACCUGUACAGAGAUUUUGGCCAGAGACAAUUGCAUCUCUGCAACCUCAGAUGCCAAACCAAACUACAGAAACAAACUGUGAUCAUCAACAAAAUGUACAGUGUCAAGGAGAUUCUCAAGCGGGAACAUCGGGUGUCGCAGUUGAUCACUGUAACAACUACUCGAGCAAUUCUCGCACGGUCUCCCCAAACGGUAGCAUCAGUCAAAAUUGCUCCGACACAAGUCUAGGAGAAGACAGAGUGUCGUCGUCGGGGAGUGUGGGAAAUCUCAGUCUAAGCAGUAACUGUAUGGACGAGUGUAAAAAGUGACCAGACUAAUACAUGUGGCAGUCAAGGCACCCAAAAAAUUUGCAUUCUAUAAUCGUACUGGGAAAUUGACAAAGUGAAUAGAAUGCAAAUUAUUUUGUUAUAUUGGUAUGGUUACGAACGAGUCGAGAAUUCUCAUUAGAAAUAUACAAACGAUAACGUUUUUAAUAAUGUAUUAUAAUAUGUACAGAAUGUAACUUUUUAAUUUUUGUAACAUAUUGUGCACUAUUGUUUCUUUGUAUUAUAAUAAUAAUUAUUAUUAUUAUAUUAAUAUAGUCCACUUCCAUAAAU